AUGACGAUCUCUCAUCAUGGGGAGCUCAACAACACAAUUGUUGCACAUGGAAGGCAUUUGAAUCAUUUGGAAUUGAGUGGCAACGACUUUGAUGGGAAUGAGAUCCCUGGAUUCUUUGGUUCUUUUGAGAAACUACAACAUCUGUAUCUCGCCCGCAGUGGUUUUUCUGGAAUUAUUCCUUAUCAACUAGGGAAUAUUUCCAACCUAAAAACACUUGAUGUCGCGCAUAAUUCAGCUCUAGAGGCCGACAACCUUGAUUGGCUUUCUAACCUCUCUUUCUUGACUCGACUUGAUUUAACUGGCAUCAAGAUAAAUGACACGAACUGGCUACGAGGAAUACACGGACUCUCUAGUCUUAAGGAACUGUACUUGGCUUCUUGUGACAUUCCCCAGCUUACACCAUCUUCUCUGGAUUUCUUUGUUAAUUCUUCUUCUCCAUCUCUUGUUGUUCUUGAUCUGUCAGGUAUCAAGCUGAAUUCUUUAGUAUUUUCUUGGUUAGGGAACAUGAGCACAAGUCUUGUCCGUGUAGACCUGUCUGAUAAUCAAUUAGAUGGUCUCAUCACAGAUGCAUUUGGAAGUUUCAUUUUUCUUGAGUAUCUUGAUCUGUCGGGGAAUCGACUUGAGGGUGGAAUUCCAGAAUCAUUCUCGGAUUUAAGUCGUUUGUACUUCUUGGACUUGUCGCACAAUCAACUUACAGGAUUAGUGCCAGAACUGAGAGGGCUUAUUUCACUGAGGGAGUUACACCUCAGUCACAAUAAGCUAACAGGAAUCCUAGGUGCAAGUUUUGGGCAACUUCCCAAGCUUGAAAUCUUGGAUCUUUCUUACAAUUUCUUACAGGGCACUGUCUCUGAAUCCCACUUCUUGAAUCUGCACAACUUGAAAGUGCUGGAUUUCUCCUUCAAUUCACUUGUCUUUAAUGUGACAACAAUCACACCUUGGGUUCCUCCUUUUCAACUAAAUGUUCUAAAACUAACAUCUUGCUACUUGGGACCUCACUUUCCAAAAUGGCUUCGAACACAAAGUAGUAUAUCACAUCUUGAUCUUUCUUCGGCAAAAAUCUCAGAUCAAGUACCAAACUGGUUGUGGGAUUUGUCUCUUAGACUAGAAUACUUGAAUCUUUCUCGUAACCAGAUAAGCGGUGAGGUCCCAGAUUUGUCAUCAAAGUUCUCAGGUUUUCCCACGAUAGAUAUCAGUUACAAUAACUUUUCAGGUUCUUUACCAUUAUUGAACCCCAACACCUCAAUAUUACAGCUCUCCAGAAACAUGUUUUGGGGAUCAAUCUCAUCGAUAUGCACCAUUCGUCUCUUGUUAUUCCUUGAUCUUUCAUAUAACCAGUUAUCAGGCCAGCUUCCCGACUGUUGGAUGAGCAUGGGGAGAUUAGCCAUUCUGAACCUGGAAAACAAUGAUAUUUCUGGUGAAAUUCCGCAAAGUCUAGCCGAAUCUCAGCUCCCGCUCCUAACACUGCAGCUACGAAACAAUAAUUUAUCGGGGGAUCUGCCUUCCAGUUUUAAGGUAAACCAAUUUAUGACAAUGUUGGAUGUUGGAGGAAAUCAACUAACAGGAAACAUCCCAUCAUGGCUAGGAACAAAUUUUAGGAGUUUGAGAGUUCUUAGUCUCCGAGACAAUGAAUUCAAUGGAACGAUCCCUCUUGAACUAUGUGACCUUACUGAGAUUCAAGUGUUGGACUUAUCCGGGAACAACAUAUCAGGAAGAAUUCCUGGAUGUUUCAACAACUUCACUUCUUUGGUUCAACCUAACAGAACAACUGAAAUGUUGAAACUUGCUCCUAGUUUUGUCUUCACAGAUGGUUCUCAUUUUGAUGUCGAUUUCUAUAUUGAGAAUGCACUCGUUCAUUGGAAAGGGCUGGAGCGAGAGUACAACCGAACUCUACGAUUACUUAAACUCAUCGAUCUUUCCAGCAACAGCUUUGUGGGGAAUAUUGCUAAAGAAUUCUCCUUGUUGAGAGGAUUAGUAUCCUUGAACCUGUCAAGAAACCUCUUGACAGGAAACAUAGAUUCUGAAAUCGGCCAAAUGGAAAUGUUGGAAUCUUUAGAUCUUUCCAGAAACCAGCUAUCUGGUGAGAUUCCCAUUGGCAUGGCUGGAUUGUAUUAUCUGUCGGUUUUGGACUUAUCAAACAACAACUUAUCCGGCAGUAUUCCAUCAGGCACUCAGCUGCGGGGAUUCAAUGCAUCGGCAUUUGCUGGAAACAAUGGACUUUGCGGGCCUCCUCUAGCUGCAUGCCUUACCCCUGAUGGCCCUCCCACUCCCCACCCCACUCCCACUCAUGAUCAAGGGAAAGAAGACAGCAUAUUGGGUAUGGGCUUUUACAUUUCUGUGGUACUCGGCUUUCUUCUUGGAUUCUGGGGAUUCAUUCUCAUUUUGAUACUUAAGAAGUCGUGGAGAAUUGCUUAUUUUGGCUUCUGGAACAAGAUUUAUGAUUGGCUCUACGUCACAAUUACUAUCAUAUAUCAGAGGAAAUCAAGAUCGCAAUGGUAA